UUUCCUGGCUUCUCAGAUUUGCUGUCUGUGGUUUGAAACCUGUUGCCCAGUAGAUUCUGGGAAUUGCAGGGCAGGGGCCUGGAUAACAGCUGCCAGCCCCUGGGCUGGGUACCUGCCCUCUCGAGUUUGUGUCCUGGGGCUGUGUGCUCAGACUUGACCAUGUUUGGGCAUGGAGGCUCGUCUCAGACGAGAACCAAAGGCCGCUUCCCCAGAGACGGGCUGGGAGCCCAAACUUCCUGCUGCAGCUCAGGCAGCCUCUUUUGGGUGGGGGCUGGGGACCAGGCAGAAAAGGGUCUGCCGAAGACUCGCAGGGCACCCAGGAGACUAAACGUCUGCUGUCCCCAGUGGCCAUGGGAAAGAAGCUGGUGAUGGCCCAGAGGCGGGGAGAGACUCGGGCCCUCUGCCUGGGGGUGGCCAUGGUCGUGGGCGCCGUCAUCACCUACUACAUCUUAGGCACAACGGUGCUGCCCCUCUAUCAGAAAAGCGUGUGGACCCAGGAAUCCACGUGUCACCUGAUUGAGACCAACAUCAGGGACCAGGAGGAGCUGGAGGGCAAGAGGGUGCCCCAGUACCCAUGCCUGUGGGUCAACGUGUCAUCCGUGGGCCGCUGGGCUGUGCUGUACCACACGGAGGACACUCGGGACCAGAACCACCAGUGCUCCUACAUCCCAAGCAGCCUGGACAACUACCAAGUGGCCCGGGCCGACGUGGAGAAGGUCAGAGCCAGGUUCCAUGAGCACCAGGAUUUCUUCUGCUUCUCCACGACUCGGGAGAAUGAGACCAGCGUCCUGUACCGGCGCCUCUAUGGGCCCCAGAGCCUCCUCUUCUCUCUCUUCUGGCCCACCUUUCUGCUGACUGGUGGCCUGCUCAUCAUCAUCAUGGUGAAGAUCAACCAGUCCCUGUCCAUCCUGGCGGCCCAGAGGUAGAUCCACGCACGCCCAUCUUCCUCUUAGGCCGCUCCCGCUCGUGUCCCAUGCCCCCUCUUCUGCCUUCGCCCCCUCCCCCUCCACUGCACGGAUGGUCUUUGGGAAAUCCCUUAGUUAAGUCAUUUCCUGCUCAAGACUGUUCAAUGGCUCCUCAGGACCCAGGAGAACUGAAGGUCAACCCGUGAUGGUUCUCCAUCCCGGACCCCACUCAGUCCAUCCAUCUGAGUCAGUCCAUCCCUGACUCAAAUCUGUUUUCUGCUGUUCUGCUGUCCACUGGACUGAUGCCAAUGAUUCUCACUUCUGUGCCUGCUGGGCCCUCCCAGGAAGUGCUCCCCGACAAGCCUCCAUUCCUUCUUGGAAUUCCAAAGUGAAAAUAGCAGCAGCCCCAUAGACACAGCACAUUCAUCAGUGGGACAUCGCUUGUUUUCAGCAUUCUCAGAUCCGUAUACAUUCUUAUACCAAUAUUAACAAAUACAGGUACAAACUUCCGGUCUUGAAGUCAUGGGGAUAUAACUGCAACAUGCUGACAAUAAUUAGUAAUACUUUGCUGCAUAUUUGAAAGUUGCUAAGAGAGUAGAUCUUAAAAGCUCUCAUCAUAAGAAAAAAAACUGUCACUGUGUGUGGAGAUGGGUGUUAACUAGAAACUUUUGUGGUGAUGAUUUUUUAAUACAUACAGAUAUUAAAUAUUUUUGUUACACACUUGAACACUAAUAUAAUCUUAUAUAUUGAUGAUACCUGAAAAAAACAAAUAUAUACACAAUAUAUAGGCUAUAAGGAAAUGAUACUAACAUACAUAAAAAACAUUAGUAGUGGGAUUUAUUAGUUGUAAUUUUCUUCCUUUUAUUUUUUGUACUUUUCUAAAUUUUCAACAAUAGAAAGGCUUGGUUUCACUGUGUUUAUUUUUAAUCAGAACAGUACCAACAGAUGUAAUUUUGGAAAAAUGUUUGAAGGGUGAGCUCCCCAUCACCAAGCAGAUGGAAGUGACCUAGUGGACAGGUUGAACUCAAAUCAGACACAGGCUUUUUAAAAAAUAUUUAUUUUUAAUUGGCGGAUAAUUGUUUUUCAGUGUUGUGUUGGUUUCUGCCAUACAGCACCAUGAAUCGGCCAUAGGUACACCUAAGACACAGACUUUUGAGAACACACAAGGUUAAGAAUCCUGGACAGAGGGAAAGUCAACACAGAGAUGGGGAUUCAUGGUUUUCAGUGUAGAUUAAUACAAGGUACCUGGGCCUGCCCCAGUGGUUCAGUGGUUCAGCAAGUGGUGAAGCAAUGUCAAAGCAGGAGACACAGUUCUGAUCCCUGGUAUGUGAAGAUGCCUUAUGCGCUGGGCAACUGAACCUGUUCACCACAACCACUGAGGCCACCUUCUAGAGCCCACAAGCCAGAACCACUGAGCCCAGGUGCUAGAGCCGGAGCUCACAACCAGAGAAGCCACUGCGACGAGAAGCCCACGCGCAGCGCCGGAGAGUAGCCUCCACCCGUUACACCCAAAGACGUCCACGCACAGAGAUGAAGACCCAGUGCAGCCAAAAAAAAAAAAAAAAAUACAAGGCACUGACCCUGCAGGGAAAGCAGUCUCAGUCUUUCGGAGGGAUAACUGGGGGAAGCUGUCGUAGAUCCACUACCACUCCCAAAACUUGUCCUAGAGCAGUCCUUCUCAAAGUGUGGUCCCUGGACCAGCAUUCCUGGAGGCUUGUGAGAAAGGCACACUCCAGGCCCUCCGCCCAGCCCCUCCAACCUGGAGACCACGAGGCGGUGGGUGGGGAGAGGUUGGUGGGGUCCCGAGGAGCUGGGCAGUACUCCGUGUUUUAACAGUGACUGCAGGGGACUCUGCGUGUGCUUGAGCAUGAGAGCCACAGGUGUAGAGAAACACAGUCCUGCCCGGGACUUUGGGGAAGGAAUCAAUGCCUUUUUCAGGUCAAGUCCUCAGCUGGGCUUGAAGUUAGGCUGGUGUCUCUGAAGGUUCCUGGAGCUGAUUCCAGGUGCAGCCCUGGGAGUGAAUCCUGCCUCCACUUCCAGCAGACUGCAUCUCUCUCAUUCUCCGAUGUGUCGUCUAUAAAAGAGAGAAUGUCCCUUUUGGGUGGUUGGGAGAGCUGAAUGAGGGUUUGACACAUACUGGGCGGUCAAAAUGGAAGCUGUUCUUAGUAACAAUAAGAAGGAAUGAAUAUUCAGAAACUUUCAGAUGAAAGUAUACCAAAAAUAAUGUUAACUAGCAUUUUUUGCUGCUUAUUUAUUCCGUGCUGGGCACAGUGCUAAGACGUUUGCCUCAUAAAAAUUCAGUGAGCAUUACUGAACACACCUCAUGGAUAAGGAGAAGCAGCAUCGGACAGAGGUUAUAUACAUGGACUGGCUUCAAUACCCAACCGUAUUACUCCCUAGCUGUGUGGCUUUGGACAAAUAACCUUCCUGUGCCUCAAUUUCCUCACUUGCAACAUAGGAACUAAUCAUAAUAUUUCCCAUUUGGGGGUUGUUAGUAUUAAAUGAGUUAUUGUAUAAUGUUCCUAGAAGAGUGACUGACACAUGGUGAGUGCUGUAUAUUAUGAAAAACUGAGGCUCUAAGAGGUCAUUGGCCAAGGUCAACCAGAUAGUGAGUGAGGAACGGGACUUGAGCCCUGGGCUGUGUGAUUCCAGAGCCUGGCCUGUGAUUCUUUAGCUGACUCAGUCACCGGAAGCCCCAGGGUCCAGGUAAGGAACAGCGUUGCAUCCUGGGAUCCCCAAGGUGUUCUCAUGCAAGUCAGGGAUCAGGGAUCCCUGAUGCAGCUUCACACCCUCCAGGUUCUUACUAGAGACAAUCCUUCCAAGGGGGAGUAACACCCCACUCCCUGGAGCUUCUUCCUUCUGGGCUCGGGGACAUCUUAAGAGUCCCGUGAAUCUAGCAAGUCUUGUUGGGAUAUUGUCUUAUAGUUUGGUAAGAUCUUUUCUUUGGGGGAAAAUUAGGUAAAGGAUCUAUCUGUGUGUUUCUUUACAACUGCAUGGGAAUCUACAAUUCCCCCCACAUUGAAGUUUAAUUUUUAAAAAAGAAAGAGUAUCCCCAUCAUGAAUCUCAUUUAUAGUGGUUUCUUUGCAUAUGGUUUUCAUGCACCUGCGUUUGGGGCUGAAAUACACCAAAAUGCAGACUAUUCCAACAGCCCCUACAGGGGGAAAGGCCACCACCCUCUAGCAAGAAGUACCUGGGGAGGCCCAGGCCUCACUGCCCCAUGCAUUAUUGACAAUGAACUUCCUCUGCUUAAGACAAAUGCCUUCUUCCUGUCAAUGGAGUUUGGCCUACUUCUAUCAAGUCCUAUACCUACCCGCUGGUCACGGAACUUCAAGCCCAACAUGGGCAUGAACUAAUGGGGAUUUAAGCAUGAUGGAGCUAGACACAGAGGAGAAAUGUUUCUGGAACAAGGGCGGCCUGGGAGCAGACAGCCCUCAUUAGUCCUUUAAAAAAAUCACUCUGCUAAUAAAGUCUAGUGCUGGCGCUGUUUUUGCCUCUUCUCUCCCGGGCCAGCGAGUCCCACCUGGAGAGGUGCGCCUGGAUCGCUCGCCCAGAACUCGGAUGGCGUGGUGGAGAUCAGUGGCAAGAGGACAGGGAGGGGCAGAGAUGAAGCAGACACAGUGCCUGCUCAAGGGGCUGACCAUCCUGCUGCCCUUUCUCCCUCCUUUCCCACCAUUAUCAAGGGCUUCCUUCUCCACAGUGAAGAACCUGAUCGAUGCAAACUCAAAAUAAUGCAAUGAAAACUAUUACUCAAACGUCAAUUUUUGUGACCUCCUGAAAUAAUGCUAGCCUCCCCCACCUCCAUCAACAAUUCACCUAAAAUUCCUCCUAAUUUCAAAACUCCUUGGGUGUGCAGAUUGUAGGCUGCACUCACCCUCUUGCUAAUUGGCAGCACAGGCUGGUGCAUAAGAAUAGCCAAUGUCUUUUGCACUUAGAGGAAUUUGAAUUAUAUACUUGCAAAGAUACUGUUUGAUCAUAGUGCAGCUAUCUUAUGCCUCAUCAGGCACUGCCCUUUCGUACGUAGGGAAAAGAGACCAAAGCAAAAUCAGAAAAUUUGAAGAAAUUCACCAUGGUCUAGGGUAAUGGUUCUUUAAAAAAAAAUUUUUUUUUUUAAUGUGGAGCAUUUGUUAAGUAUUUAUUGAGUUUGUCACAAUAUAUUUCUGUUUUUUAAAAAAAUAUUUUUGGAAUUGAUAGACUCCAAAUGCUGCUUCUAGAGAGGAGGCAAGGUAUUUGAAGACGUGCAAUUCUAUCUGUAAUGUUAAUAUGAAGCAAAUGUGAAAAAACGCUAACACAUUAGUUUUGAGGGGUGCUUUCUGAGGAGCAUAUGGGUGUUUUAUAUUAUUUGUUCUAUUUUUCUGUGUUCAAAUGCUUUCUCUAAAAUAAAAGAGUGAAUGGAAGCAAAAAUAUUUUUGGUUUUUUGGCCAUGUGGCAUGUGGGAUCUUAGCUUCCCAACCAAGGAUCGACCCCUCACCCCCUGCACUCGAAGGAGGAGUCUUAACCCCUGGACCACCAGGGAAGUCCCUAGGGUGAUGGUUCUCAAAGUGGAGGCCUGCAAGGUCAGAAUUAUUUUCAUAAUAAUAUUUGCAUACUGCCUGCUUUUUGCACUCUCAAUCUCACCAACAUGUGCGGAAUUUGCCAGAGCUUAUGUGUGUGACAUGUGAAAUCACAAAAGACUGAACACGGACCUGAGAAACCUGUUGUCUGUUAAGCCGAGCACUAAAGCAAUUUGCAAAAAAGGAAAACAAUGCACCCUUUCUCAAUAAUUUUUUGAAAAUGUAACUAUUUCUCAUAAAAUAUAAUCUUUUGUUAACCUGGAAUGGGUUUAUCAUUGCUUUAAAAUAAAUUCAUUUAAAUGAAA